AAGUUUCUGAAUGGUUUCAUUAAUUUUUAUAUUUUUCUUCAUAAUUUCCAUUGCAAACCAAUAUUUUAGAUUACUUCCUAUUUUUCCCAUUUCCCCUGAUACUAUGUAAGAUCCAAAGGGAGAGAUAGGUAUCUUGAUAUUUUUAUUAGGCAAUUUCUAAUUAUUUGGAGCCAAAACUUGUUCCAAGUCUUUAUUACUAGUAAUCAUGCUUCUUUUCUCCUGAUACUAGUAUAGAUUAUUAUUAGCUUGUUGUAACUUGCUUUCUUGGAUUGGGAGAGAUUGUGUUGCUGGGUCAGAUUGCAGUUAGGCUGACUGCACUGGAAAUUGCAUUUAAAAAUAUUAGUGACUUAACUGUUAGUUCAGUUUGAAUUCUCAUGUUUAUCAUUAUCACCAUGUCUUACUCUAACAGGAGUGAUUAUGUUGCUGGGUUGAGUUGUAAUUAGGAUUUUUUUAAUCUUGUUUUUAAAAAGUUCUUCUCAGUAAAGAUUUUUUUUUUUUUUCCAGACUUCUAAGAAGUUUACUACUUAUUAUGUGAACAUAUGAAUUUAAUCCAUUCAUUUCAUACAUGUCCCAGAGUAAACCUAUUUUUUGGGUUUGGCUCAAGGCUUUUUCUCCCUGGUCAAGCUUUCUAGAAAGAGAACUGACAUGAGAAAAUAUUCUUUUUUUGUAGUGUCUUAACUGCACAUUCUAUUCUUUAGCUACCUUGUGGGGUUUUGUACUUCCUCUCUGAUUUUAAAGGAAGAAGAACUUGCAAGAAUAAGAGUUUCUGGUUUGCUUCCAUUGAAAAACUUGCAACCUUUAACAUGCAAUGACUCUUGCACAUUCUAUUCUUCAGCUGCCUUGUGGGGUUUCCUCUUGUCUCUCUGAUGAUUAAAAGGAAAAAGAACUUGCAAGAAUAAGUGUCUAGUUUGCUUCCAUUGAAAAACUUAUAACUCUUUAACAUAUAGUGACUCAAGCCCACAGCUAGAAAGUUUUUAGAAAAACAAGUCUUUUGACUUGAGGAUUGAAAAAUCUUUAACUACUCAAAGAUCAUAUUUCUCAUGAUUUAUGAGCUUCUGAUACAAGAAAUACAAAAAUAGGUAAGUGAUCAACAAUAUUUAUAAGAACUCCUGCCCAUGUCCUUGACAUCCUUUAUUAUCAUUAGAAUUAAUAUUUUAUCUUGUUGAAGUUUGUGAAUCUAGUGCCAUGUACAUGUUUUAGACUCAAAAAGCAGUUACCCAUAUUGAAUACUGCUUCCUUGUACCUACCUGCAAGCAGCAGGCAUCAUUUUACCAUUCUGACAACCAGUAUCGGCAUUAUAAUCUGACCAAUGGAGAGAGACCUGUUGAACCAGCUAACUUGAGAGAACAGCCAAAUUUGCUUGAAGAUGAAAGGGUUCCAAGAGUUGUCGCAGAUCAACCGAUAUCUUUUGAUGCAAUUGGAGAUUUUAAUGCUGGUUACCCACAGGAUGCCUAUGCUUCUAUUAACCGACCUUUUUAUUAUGGAGGCUAUGACAAUAGUACCAGUUAUUGGGAUGGAUAUCCUCAUUAUGUUAAUGCUGAUAGCAUGCAAGUUUUUCCUCCGUUCGGGUUAUGGCUUUAAUCCUCAAAUGGCAUAUGGACAAUAUACCAAUGUUGCUACCCCUCUUCCUUCUCUAAUGGUGGAUAGGCAGCUAUACUCCCCACAUCAAAAUCCAUUCUCUCAACCUUAUUAUCCACAAUCAAUUCCUAGUGUGCCGAACAUAUCUUCAGCAGUUUCAGUUCCUCAAACUGAGCUGAUGGCACCAGAAAGUAGCGUCCAAGAGGGUUUCAGUGGCAACAUGCGUUCUAGUCAAGGAUCAAGUUAUGUCAUACAGUUCGGAUCUUUUGGUAGAGGGGGCCUUUCACAAAAUUCUGCCUAUGGUCCUGGUUCAUCUAAUUUUCAGGGGGAGUUUGUACCACCCAACUUCUUGCCUAAUCAAUCAAAUCUUCCAGAAGCAGAUGUGUCUUUGUCUUCAGUGACGUCUCAGGCAGCUCAUCCCCAACCAGUUGGAAUACUUGGUUCAUACGAGCUCAAUGUUAGACAGAGAGCAGCACAUGGACUGGGAUUGGUACCAAGUUCCUCUAACAUAUUCUACCCAGAUGGUGGCCUUUAUGAGAGCACUAACUUUGGUGGUGCAUCUGUUUCUCCGUUGGGAGCUAAUGAUCGGAACAGACUCAUUCUUGACAAGGGAAAAAUACGAGAAAGGGAUCGAAGUUCAGGUGUCUUUUCAACUGAUUCGUCUAACUUCUCCAGUGACCGUAAUCGGGGACCAAGGGCUUCAAAGCCAAAGGGCCAGAGCACCUCUGGACAGGGAGUUUCCUCUUCUUCCAGAAAAAGUGAUGCAUCAAAUUCUGUGGUUCACUUUGAUUCAUACAACCAACCAGAUUUUGUUACAGAUUACGAGAAUGCCAAGUUCUUUAUAAUCAAGUCUUACAGUGAAGAUAAUGUUCACAGAAGUAUCAAAUACAGCGUUUGGGCCAGCACAGCACUUGGAAACCGUAAAUUGGAUGCUGCUUAUCAAAAAGCAAAGGAGAUAGAGACCAAUUGUCCAAUCUUCCUGUGUUUCUCGGUCAAUGCUAGUUCGCAGUUUUGUGGAGUAGCAGAAAUGGUUGGACCUGUAAAUUUUGAGAAAGAUGCAGAAUACUGGCAGCAGGAUAGGUGGAGUGGGUUGUUCCCGGUCAAGUGGCAUAUUAUCAAAGAUGUACCUAACAGUCUAUUUCGUCACAUACUACUAGAAAAUAAUGAAAACAAGCCUGUUACUCACAGCCGAGACACACAAGAGGUGAAUUUGGAACAGGGUAUCGAGAUGUUAAAAAUUUUUAAGUCUUAUGAUGCACAUACAUCCAUCCUAGAAGAUUUUGAUUUCUAUGAACAAAGGGAGAGAGCUUCAAAGGAAAGAAAGGCCAGACAGCAAGCUUGUUCAACAACAAAAAGUCCAGGUUCUGAGGAGUCUGUAAACCAUGUUUCCAAUAGCUUUUCUCAAUCCCUCCAGUUGGAAGAGAGUGAUAGGGAAGUAAUAGCAACUGAAUGGGGUGACAAUUCAAGGACAGAAUCAGGGGCCCACUGCUUGGAAGAGAGUGGUGAAGCAGUGGAACCUGAAAGGGGUUGUAGCACUACAACAGGUGCUCUGGUUUCACUUGCUGAUGACUCCAUGAACCAAAUGUCUGAUAGCUUUGCUCAAACACUACGGUUGGAAGGGAGUAUUAAAGAAUUGAGAGCUGCUUCUAGCUCAGGAACUGAUGCUGAGGUUUCACUUGAUGAUGCCAUAACCCUAAUGACUUUAGAAUCCAAAAAGAAUAAUAAAGAACUACCAAGAGCUGGAAGGAUUAACAGCCCAAGACCAGAUGCUUUUGUUUUACUUGUUGAUUACCCCAAGGGCCAAAUAUCUGAUAGCUCUGUUCAAUCCCCACAGUUGGAAGAGAGUAGUAAAGAAGUGUAGACAACUAGAAGGCUUGGGUAUCAGAAUUAAUCCUGUCAACCUGAUGGUAACAGUUGUAUUGACUGGUCAAAGUGGUGGUGUAGCUGUAGUGGGCAUCCCAGGAGUGGUUGCAUGCAUCUUGGACAUGCUGCUGUAACCUAACAUAUUCCUUGUUCUCUUUGUGACUCUAGUCUUCGUCUGCUGACUACAUUUGAGGUGGUAUUUUGGACACCCAAGUGACCCGGAUGUUUUCCAUAUAAGAUGUUGGUUUUUGUGUUUUUUUCGUUUUUUUCUCUUUCCAUUUAUAGUUCUGUUGAUUGUUUGGAGCAGAGAGCCAGUAACAUUCAGGCAGGGCUUUGGAUGCAGAUGGUGUGGAAUUCAAUACUCAUUAGCCCGUCUUUUCCAGAGUUGUUUCCUAUGAAGGAAGGUGGUGUUGAGCAUAUUGAAGUAACAGGUGUGGGGUGUUCCGCUCAAGAAGAUUAUGACCCUGAUUCCAUUCUGGUUGUAAUGGUGGGAUUUUUGUUUUAAUGGUUUGUAUGAAGGCAGUUGGGUGUUGUAAUCUGCUUCUUGAUAAAAAGGAGUUGUAAACAUCCCCAAUUUGGGAUGAUAAAUUGUAAAAGAAUGUUACAGAUGCAUCCAAGAAUUGUGUAAAAUCUUUGUUUGAGGUGCAUGGGAAGGCAAUAUGGAGUGAGAUGGUUUUUCUUC